AUGGGUGCUGCCGAAUCCUCCAUGUUCAACUCCCUGGAGAAGAACUCCAACUUCUCCGGGCCUGAACUCAUGCGACUGAAGAAGAGGUUUAUGAAGCUGGACAAGGACGGUUCCGGGUCCAUCGACAAGGACGAAUUCCUCCAAAUUCCUCAAAUCGCCAACAACCCAUUGGCGCAUCGGAUGAUUGCAAUCUUUGACGAAGAUGGGAGUGGGACUGUCGACUUUCAGGAGUUUGUUGGGGGCUUGAGCGCUUUCAGCAGCAAGGGUGGUCGGGAUGAGAAGCUGAGGUUCGCCUUCAAAGUCUACGACAUGGACAGAGACGGAUUCAUCUCCAACGGUGAACUAUAUCUGGUACUGAAGCAGAUGGUUGGGAACAAUCUGAAGGACCAACAACUGCAACAGAUCGUGGACAAGACCAUCAUGGAGGCAGACAAGGACGGAGAUGGAAAGCUCUCUUUCGAAGAGUUCACCGCGAUGGUCUCCAGCACGGAUAUUGUCAAGCAAAUGACUCUUGAAGAUCUCUUCUAG